AUGGCUCACAUCGUUAGCUGUAUUGCCAACUUGAACAAUGGCCCUCCGUCGAAACCCCUCUCCGUAGCACCAUCCAUUCUCUCCACAACACCCGCAAAACCAAGCACCGACAGCAAGUCGUCUCCUCGGAGAAGGCUGCCGACAGAGGCAAAGAGAUACCAGUUCUUCCCCAAAGAUAAGCCGUUGCCGUCUCUGGAUAUCAUCAAGAUCUCGGAGGGCGACAAGUUGUUUGACGUUGCCACGACCGACAAACAAGCUGCUGGACUCAAUGCUGCUGCCCGGAUGAACCAUCAUAACUCUUUCAGGCGACGCAAGUUUAGCGUUCCUGACCUGGAGCCAAUGACUACCGUACACGAAGUCGCCAUGGACUCUCCAACGAUUCCCGGCCGACCACCUCUCCAUGAGCGGUCCGUCAGUGCCCCUGACGAUGCCAGGGAUAAUGGACAGCCUGCUCACGAUACUGGUGCUUUUGGAAGCAAUCACCUAUUCAAGUCUGUAGGGCGAGCUCUGGCUCCAUCUGCACUGAAGCGGUCGAUCCCUCUGCUUGCGUCUCACCAGCCCACGCCCUCUGCAGUUCCCGUGGUUGACUGUCCUGUUCCGCUUUUACGGUCCAAAACAUCCAGUGCAAAGCUCGUCUCGGCCCAGAGCCCACCGUUUCCUUGGCCCAGUACUCGGGCAGAUGGGAUUUUACUACGCAGGCAACGAACCACGCCCAGCCCCUCCUCCGCCAGCACAACCACCUCCUCCUCCGAUCUCCCUUAUUCUGGGUCAGCCCGCACCGGGGCUGAUUCCACGGCCACUGUGCCCACUCCCGUCUCCGCGCCAAUCGUGGAAUCUCAACGUGUCUCGCCGAAGCCAUGUGAAUUUGUCAGUGUCUUGUCAUCCCAGAGUGACCGUGGGUACUUGGGGGCCACGCGCGACAGGCAACAGGAGGCUCACGUGCGCGUACAUCGCCGCGGCGCUUCAGACUCGUUUACUUCCGUCACGGGUCGUGGCCGGCCGAGGAGGAUGGACGGUAUGUUGCACGAGGGAUCAUUCCUCCAAGACAACCAGGGCAAGCGCUCAAUGAGCUUUGAGAGGAGAGCUUUCGAGGAGCUUCCCAAAGGAUGGAAACCGUCGGAAGCCUGCCAAAUCCUUGGGGCUAGAGACCUAUCUACUCUACGGACGAAGGCUUUGGGGCAGGCGGAACGAUUCGAGGUACUCAACGUCGAGCAUGUCGAUGCUCUUUCGCAGGAGCUUCGAUACCUUGAUGAGCGGACAGAGUAUCUGCGGCGGACCUACACUUCUCUACGUGCCGGGCGUCGCAACCUGCACUCCCGCAUCUGCCAAUACCUUCGGUCGCCCAGAGUCGCCAAGUUCAGCCACGACUCGAUGCUCAAGCAGGAGGAAGCCUUGGCGGAGCUGGAUGCUUCCAUCGACGACUGGGUCACCAAGCUUGAGCGAGCGGAAAAUCGACGCACAAGGGUGCGGCAAAAGCUCCUGGAACACGUCGCCGCCGCAGCCAUCUUGCCUAGCCCCAAAUACUCGGACUCGGCGCCAUCCACGUCUGAGGUGCGGCUGCAAGCCAUGGGCAUCCAAUCUCCCACCGGACCGCGUGAGCCCUCCACGCCCCCGCGAAGCCCGGCAAAAGGCAGCUUCGCCAAGCGAGCUGGCGACUACUCGCCCUCGCCUCCGCGGGUCGUCGCCCAGGUCCCCAGCACCAUAUUUGAGCACCCGGUCGUGGCGGAGGACGCGAAGGGCACGGCCAGGCGGAGAGACGUCGAGAGCAUACGGAUAUACGCCGGGGAUGAUGUCUACGCACUGCUGGCCGACGUAGAGGACGAGAUUUCCAAGAUGGCCAGGAACGAUCCCAAAACACUGCCAGAGAUUCCGGCUGAGAAGCAGAGGUCAGCAAGCGACGGCAAGAAUGAGCGGGAGAGACACAGGCAGCGGAGCCACGAGAAGCUCAACGGCGCGGGACCCGGAUCCUCCGCUGCACUCGCUUCCCCUGCGGCCGGCACACCGGCAAGCCCCGAGUCUGCUUCCACCGCAGACAGCCCUCUUUCCGCGGCACCUACCCCACUGGCGCCCAAAUCUGCGGGAGUUGCGGCCAAGCGGGAUCCUGAAGGCCACGCCCGCAGUCCGCCGACACUCGCCGACAACAACGACGGGCUAUUUCUCACAGCGGCGGUGUUCAAACCGUGA